AAAAGAGGGCGGUUGAAUAUCCUGGGCAGCCCAAACCCUUUGCAUUCAUCCUCCUUGAACAAAGUGAUACACAAGACACAAGUGUGGUUUCACGGUCGUACAAUGAGAGAGGAGGCACACAAAAUGAUGGCACAGCAAGGUCAAGUGGACGGGUUGUUUCUGUUACGAGACAGUCAGAGUAACCCCAAAGCUUUUGUGCUGACAUUGUGCCACAACCAGAAGAUCAAGCACUUCCAGAUCCUGCCGUGUGAGGAGGACGGUGAGAUGUUCUUCACGCUCGAUGACGGUGCCACCAAGUUCACGGAUCUGAUCCACCUGGUGGAGUUCUACCAGCUCAACAGGGGCGUUCUUCCCUGCAAGCUCAAGCACCCCUGCACCGCCGUGGCCUUGUGACACUCCCCCUCUCUUGAUUUGCACUCCCUUCCCGCCCCUCUGCUCCCACCAACACAGAGAGGUUAGGGAGAUGAAGAAAUGUUACACUGUGUUUCAGGGAUGAAGCCGGACCUGCUGGAGGUUUUCUCCAGCUUGCCAAGCCGUCCCCAUGCAUUUGAUCGACUUGAUGUGAAGUCAGAAGACCAGGAAGGUAUUAGAACUGGAAUGCUGCAGGUCUUCUGGAUUGAACAAAACUUCCUUCCCACAUCCUCAAGGACUGAUGAGCAAGCAGGGAAUGCUACCCUGACCUCCUCAUUGAUCAUCAGAGACGGAGGGAAGCUUCUCCAUUUGGGAGUUUCUCAACCUGUGCAGUCCAGUCUAGAUAAGUUGACUCCCCGUUUUUCUUUCCAGCAGGCUUGACGUAGCGCCUUAGCUGUAUCCUGAGGGUCAGGCUGCAGCUACGGCGUGGUAUAUCCCCAAUCCCACCUCCAUCAAAGCUGAGCAGCCAAAAGAGGCGGCUUAGGGCAAAGACUUGAGCAGAACUAAUCCGAGGGUUUGCUGAGAGGACAGAGGAAUGUGUGUCAGGAGGGCCGUAAAGAGCCUCUCCUGUAGAAUUGAUUACUUGAUGUCAUUUUAUUGCUGUUUUGAUUACUGUUGACUCAAUGCAGAAUUAGUUUUGCACUUCUGGGUGGACAGCUCUCUAGCUAAAUGAAGCCUCCACCUCUAUCAGAGCGUGCUCUCUUUGGAUGACGUCGGCGUGGAAGCCAAUCAGCAGCUGGUGAUUCAGGGCCGUUCAGAACGCACGGGAAGACCCGUGCAGGAGGACCUCCCCAAGCUGUCACCAUUUCAGUGACUAACCCUUUCUUCAGUCAAAAAUGAUUAUACUUCAUUGUGAAUGUUUCUCUAAAUCUGUUCAGAAAAAGCAAAUACCCUAGAUUGUUUGAGCUCAUUCUGAUUGGGGUUGGAGAUGUCAUGUUCAGAUUCUGACCACUCUUUCAUUCUGGAAAGCAACAGAAGCACUCUUUUCCCGAUAGAUUACGUAUGGAAGAAGAACCAAUGACUUGAAACAUGACCCCGCACUGUUAUCUGAGCUUUACUCAACCUAAAAUCGCUACCGUCGUAGAUGGAUUCACAGAAACGGUUUUAAGAUGCUCAUAAAGUAGUUGUUUGGAAUUUUUGAGGGUAUUGAAAGACCAAGAAUACAUGAACACUUUAAUUAUUUUAACUAUGCUAAUUAAAUUAUGUAAUUAAAUGAACUCUAUAAGAGCCCUGUGACAGACUGGCCACCUGUCCAGGGUCAUCCCACGAGUAGCCAGGUUAGCUCUGUUGUUAAACCCCUGUGACCCCGAAAGGGAGAAAACGGGUUUAGAAGAUGGAUGGAACUCUAAGAUUGGUGUGAUGGAUGGGUGGGUUAGAAGUAAUCCUAUUUACUCAUUUUGUCACCACUUUAUACCUGCUCUUUCAAAUUAUUUAAAUUAUUUUCUAAGAAGAAGAAAUUCAUAAAAAACAAGUUUUUCAAUGAGAUUAAAGACAUUCUGAGAGAGUUUUUAACCUCUUAAGACCUGACGUCCACAUGCCUGGACAUCACAUUUUGAGUUAUUUUACCACAGAAUGUAAUUCUGCUUAAAGUCUACAGAGCUAUUUUGGGGCCAUAAAUAUUUGAAACCGAAAUGAAACAUUUCGAAAAAAAUAUUGGUGGCUAAAAAAACUCUAAAACGUCCAGAACUUUUUGCUAUUCUAAAAUAAAUGUAACUAUUUUCAGCUUUAAAUGUUCUGUUUUUUAAGUUUAAAAUCUCAAAAUCUCAAAGGAGGUUUCGAUGUCUGAAUGUAACACUACAAGAUGGCGAUUUGAAUGGGCUAUAACAGCAUUUUGGACGCGCAGUUUGUCCGUGAUAAAACGACACUUGACUAUGAUAUUUCAGACUAAACAUUUUCUGACCAUAAUUAUCCAAGUUCUCUCAGUCAGUGAACGCACCAGGACUGAAGUCACACCCUCAUCGAUUCUGAUUGGUCCUUCGUGUUAGCAGCACCACAUUACAUCACAACG